AUGGUAGUAUAUCACUCACCAAGCGCAUCGCAUGGUGACUUUAUGAGAUUUCUGGAAGAUAUAGUAGAGGAGUUAACAAUAAAAGAAGAAUGUAUAGUAAUUGUUGACUUUAAUAUAGAUCUUAUGUUAGAUUCCUUUUAUGCGAAGAAGCUGCAAACGACAAUGCUGAGCUUAGGUAUGAAACAAUACGUUAAUAAACCGACAAGAAUCUCACAAAAGACAUUAAAUUUAGUGCUACUAGAAGUGAAAAUAACUAUAGAGAAUUUGAUGAGCGUUAGAAGCUUUAAGGAAUUUUAUGUAAGUGAAUUUAUCAGGUUAGUGGCAAAUAAAUUGCGUAACAAACAAGAUAUGGAUGUCAGUAUGAGAGCGACAAAGCUAGUUGACAGNAUAGUAGAAGCGUUAGAUGUAGUGGCGUCGAUAAGAAAGUUUAGAAUUCCAAAGGAAAAUUCUACGACUAUGUGGAAAACCUUGAAAGAAAUAAUUAAAGGUGAGCCAGUAGGAACAAAGAUAGUAGAAAAUAGGUCCAGCGGUACAAAUAAAAAAAUUAUCUAUGUUAUCGAGAACAAAGGAAGUAUGGAAAGUUUCGAGAUAAUAGGGGUAGACAAGUUAGAGAAAAUUGUUAUGAGUUUGCCAAAAAAGAAAGUUACAGAUGAGGGCAUAACUAGUGAUACGAUAGUGCCGAUACCAAAAAUAGAUAAAGCGAGAAAAGCGAGUGAAUACAGACCUAUUAAUAUAUUACCAGUAUUUGAGAAAAUGUUAGAAUUAGUAGUAAAAGAACAACUUGAAAUGUAUCUAGAAAGUAAUGCUAUUAUUACAGAGCAUCAGUCGGAGUUCAGAAAACAGUAUUCGUACAAAACAGCGAUUCAAACUGUCAUUGACGAAUGGAAACUAGUAGUAAGUGAGGGGCAAAUAGUGGGAGUAAUUUUCAUAGACCUUAAAAGAGCGUUCGAGACAAUAGAUAGAGAAAGAUUAUUAGGAAAAUUGUAUCAGUAUAGAAUUAGAAGAGUGGUUUUAGAGUGGCUUAAAUCGUAUCUAAAAAGAUGCAGUAUAAAAAUGUUCGCUGAUGACACCUUAAUAUACGUUAGUGGAGAAAGUAGCACGGAUUUAGAGAGUAAAAUGAAUACAGCAUUUAAUGUAGUCGAACAGUGGAUAAAUAUAAACAAGCUAAAAAUGAAUGCGGGAAAAACAAAAUUUAUGAUAGUUAGAAGUAUACGAAAAGAAUUGAGAGGUAAUAUUACACUAAAAUGCCUGGACGGUAUUAUGAAAUAUCUAGGUAUAAUUAUUGAUGACAAACUAAGAUUUAAAGCUCAUUGUGAUUAUAUGCUAAAGAAAAUAG